GACACCCACAAUCCUUUGCGCCCUCGCAGUGGAAGCGCGACGGUCGUCGAGAGUGCCGCCGCCGCCGCCAUGUCUCGCCCCGGCUUCCGGCCCCCGACGCCUCAGUCCUUGGCCGGCGGUGGGUUCCGGAGCCCUCCAUCCGGAGGCGGAGGCCCUUCGCCGACCUCUCCGCAGGCCUACGGGAGCCCCCGCCACACUCCCCCCUACGGACACCGCCCGCGGCCAUAUGAUAGUCCCGCCAACUUCCAGCCAUGCGGCGAGCGGCGCAGGCCCCACAGUGCCAGCCCCAGGUACUCGGCUCCCUACAGCGGCGGCUGGUCGCCCGGAGGAGCCGCCCACCAGUCGCGGCCCUACAGGCAGCCCCACUCGGGCGGGUACCAGAGAUACAGCCAGGAAUCACCCAGGACAUCGACUCCAUUUGGCACACCACGUGGCAGAGACAUAAGAGUAUCUAAUGGUGUGGAAAACUAUUUCAAACCUUCAAUGCUUGAGGACCCAUGGGCUGGCCUAGUGCCAGUAUCUGUUACUGAUGUUAAUCAGCAGUUUGGCAAGGAGCAAACCAUAUACACUGGUAGAAAGGGGAGGUAUUUCAGCUAGCAUGUCCAGAAGUGAAAUAACACCAGCUGUGAGAGACUAGGUCAGAAAUCUUCAUACUUCAGGACCAGUGAUCAAGGACAGAAGCGAUGCUUUUAUAAGACCUCUUCAUUCUUUUAUCUUACAAUUUUUUACCACAUUGUGUAUUUUUAUGAGUGCAAAGAAAGGCGUAAAGAGAUAUCUUUAUACUCCUGGCCGUGUGGAAGGGGCCUUCCAGCUGUGAAGAACAAAAUAUUCUUUAGUCACCAGCAAAUUAAUUUGCAACUGUGUUUAAUAUCUACCUUUUCUGUUCCGGAUUGUACAAUACAUUUGUUAUUGUUAACUCCUUUAGAAAGUAGCAUUCUUUUAUGUUUCAACAUUUUUUAGGGAAAAAAGGCAUAUUUGAAAUAAAACAAAUGUUUUAUAGUAUGUUCAAAUAUUUUACUAUUUUUGUUAAGUCAUGUUUCAAAUAAUAGAACUGAAAUUGUGUUUUCUGUAAACUCUUGUAGGCUAUGGUAAACGUUUUUAUACAGCUUUGAACAUUCUAGUGUUAAAUAAUUUUAACAGUCUUGGCAAAUGUAUUCUCUUAAAGGUUUGUAAUUGUAUAUAUUUGUAUUUCAAAGUUGUAUUUAGAAACUACAUGUUCACUUACAGCAGGAUUCUGAAUUGUACGAACAGUUAAAUUCAACCUGUAUCCAAUUAUCCACGGAUAAAAAAUUGUUAAGUUUUAACAUUAAUUAAACCUCCUGGUAAAUCAGUAUACAUUUUACCUGGCUGAAUUAAAUAACUGCAGGUUUAUUAAA